UUGUGUGGGAAGGGGGAAAACGGGCCCUUUGGCUUUCGGCGUCGCGCUGCUAUGGCGGGAGAGCUGGAGCGUUGGGUGUCCGGGCAGCUGCACACCCUGCUGGGGCUAAGCGAGCGCCAUGUGGUCGCCUUCAUGGUGGGCCUGGCCCAUCGCAGCCGCACGCCGGACGACUUGCUCGCCCGCCUGGAAGAGACCGAGACCCUGCGCGUCACCGACCCUUCCGCGCGCGCCUUCGCUCAACAGCUGUGGGAGCGGGUUCCACACCAGGCCCCGCGGGAGCGUCCAGCCAGGGCAGCUGAGCAGGAGGCUUUGGCCUUGCAGCAGAAGAACCGCUCAUACACCCUGCUGGAGGACAGUGAUGAUGAAACAGCCGGCGAGACAACAGCAGCCCGGAGCUCCAAGCGUCAACGCCCCACACGAGGUGCUGAGGGCAAGCAGCGGAAGCGGCAUAAACACCUGAGGCAGCGCAAAGAAGAGGAGGAGGACAAAGACUCCGACGAGAAAGGCAGCGGAGAUGAUGGGGAGCGGAAACCGGCAGCAUCGUCUACAAAAGAGGAGGAUUCUGAGGACGAGUGGGACCGGAGCGAGCGAGAGCGACUGCAGGACCUGGAGGAACGUGAUGCUUUUGCUGAGCGGGUCAAGCGCAAGGACAAGGAUAAGACCCGCAACAUCCUGGAGCGUUCAGACAAGAAGGCUUAUGAAGAAGCUCAGAAGCGUCUGAAGAUGGCAGAAGAGGACAAGAAAGUCAUGAUUCCAGAGCUGCGUAAGAAGUCCCGCCGGGAUUAUUUGGCCAAACGGGAAAAGGACAAGAUUGAAGACUUGGAGGCAGAGAUCGCAGAUGAGGAGUACCUUUUCUCUGAGAUGGAGCUGACAGCCAUCGAGCGGCAGGAGUUGGAAUAUAAACGCAAAGUGCGUGACUUGGCAAAGCAGUACAAGCAGGCCGGAGAGCAGGAGAAGAUGGAGAAAAGCAAUCGAUACUAUAUGCCUGAGGAGAGUCGCAACAAGAAGAUUCCUGAUCGCUAUGAGGAGCCUCAGACAGAGGACCACUUGGCCCCACGGGAUGAGCAGCGGCGUUGGGAGGAAGACCACAUUGGGGCCGCUGCCCUCCAUUUUGGUGCCCGGGAUGCCGGUCAGCACCAUCCUCACAAAGACUAUGAGUACGUGCUUGAGGAGGACGAGAUGAUCCAGUUUGUGAAUGCCGUGCAGAUGCGGGGCACAGCCCAGAACAAGUCCCAGGAGGAGAAGCCAGAGCUAUCGGAGGCAGAGCGCAAGAAGCUUUCCAUCCAGGAGGUGCGCCGCAGCCUGCCCAUCUUCCCCUACUGCGCAGACCUGCUCGCCGCCAUUGCCGAACACCAGAUGCUCAUCAUCGAAGGGGAGACCGGCUCUGGCAAGACCACGCAGAUCCCGCAGUACUUGUUCGAAGAGGGCUACACUCAAAAAGGAAUGAAGAUCGGCUGCACCCAGCCCAGGCGAGUGGCGGCUAUGAGUGUUGCUGCCCGUGUAUCCCAGGAAAUGGGUGUCAAGCUUGGAAAUGAAGUGGGCUAUAGCAUCCGUUUUGAGGAUUGCACCUCUGAGCGGACCGUUCUGAAGUACAUGACGGACGGCAUGCUGCUGAGAGAAUUCCUCACUGAACCUGACUUGAACAGCUACAGUGUCAUCAUCAUUGACGAAGCUCAUGAGCGCACGCUGCACACAGACAUCCUCUUUGGCCUCAUCAAGGACAUUGCUCGCUUCCGGCCUGAGCUGAAAGUGCUGAUCGCCAGUGCCACCCUGGACACGGAGCGCUUCUCCACCUUCUUUGACGAUGCUCCCAUCUUUCGCAUUCCUGGGCGACGGUUUCCUGUUGACAUCUACUACACCAAGGCACCAGAAGCUGAUUACCUGGAGGCCUGCGUGGUAUCAGUGCUGCAGAUCCAUGUUACCCAGCCCCGAGGGGAUAUCCUUGUAUUCCUCACUGGCCAGGAAGAAAUUGAAGCGUGCUGCGAGAUGUUGCAGGAUCGGUGCCGGCGCCUGGGCUCCAAAAUUGCUGAACUCCUGGUCCUCCCCAUCUAUGCUAACCUGCCGUCUGACAUGCAGGCCAAGAUCUUUGAACCAACCCCACCAGGGGCCAGGAAGGUUGUAGUGGCCACAAACAUUGCAGAGACAUCUCUGACAAUAGACGGCAUCAUUUACGUCAUUGAUCCCGGCUUUUGCAAGCAGAAGAGCUACAACGCCCGCACAGGCAUGGAGUCGCUCAUUGUCACACCCUGCUCUCGGGCUUCUGCCAACCAGCGAGCAGGGAGGGCGGGCCGUGUGGCCGCAGGGAAGUGUUUCCGUCUCUACACUGCCUGGGCCUACAAGAACGAGAUGGAAGAGACCACGGUGCCAGAGAUCCAAAGGACCAACCUGGGCAACGUGGUGCUGCUUCUCAAAAGCUUGGGCAUCAAUGAUCUGAUACACUUUGACUUCAUGGACCCACCGCCUCACGAGACUCUGGUUUUGGCAUUGGAGCAACUCUAUGCACUGGGGGCUCUCAACCAUCUUGGUGAGCUCACCAAGCUGGGCCGGAAGAUGGCAGAGCUGCCUGUGGAUCCCAUGCUGUCCAAGAUGAUCCUGGCUUCAGAACAGUACAAGUGCUCAGAGCAGAUCCUCACCAUCGCCGCCAUGCUUUCGGUCAACAAUGCCAUUUUUUACCGUCCCAAAGACAAAGUGGUGCAUGCUGACAAUGCCCGCAUGAACUUCUUCCUGCCUGGCGGAGACCACCUAGUUCUUCUCAAUGUUUACAAUCAGUGGGUGGAGAGCGGUUACUCCAUGCAGUGGUGCUAUGAGAACUUCAUCCAGUUCCGCUCCAUGAGGCGAGCCCGGGAUGUGCGAGAACAGCUGGAAGGGCUGAUGGAGCGCAUUGAGGUGGACAUCACUUCCAGUGAAGGAGACUACGUCCCAGUCCGCAAGGCCAUCACCGCCGGUUUCUUCUAUCACACGGCCCGCCUGACCCGCAGCGGUUACAAGAGUGUCAAGCACCAGCAAACGGUGUUUGUCCACCCCAACAGUUCCCUGUUUGAAGAACAACCACGUUGGCUCAUCUAUCACGAAUUGGUCUUCACCACGAAAGAAUUCAUGAGACAGAUUAUAGAAAUCGACAGCACGUGGCUGCUGGAGGUGGCUCCACACUACUACAAGGCCAAGGAGCUGGAAGAUGCCUCUGCCAAGAAGCUGCCCAAAAAAGUGGGAAAGACACGGGAGGAGCUGGGAUAAAAGCAGGCGCUUACACCCUCCUUCCCAUCAACACUGUGCUACGUGGCACCUUUGCCCCGGGACACUUUUUUGUACAUCUGUAUAUGAGAUAAGACAUGAGAUAAAACAUUUUUUUAUAAACA